AUGGAUAACGAAAACGAGAUAUUACAUUGCAAAAUAAAACAAUUGGAGACUUAUAUAGGUGAACUAGAAACAAUGCUAUGUGAACACGAAGAUACAAUUUCAAAAUUGGAUAACAAAUUGUUCGUGGCCAUUGAAGCGCUGGAUUCAAUAAAAGAACAACAGACAGAAAUGUGCACCGAGUUGGUAAAUAAAAACGAAGAACUAGUUAAUGAUUAUGAAACGAUACAUACGCGCUGGUUGUAUAACCAAGAAGAAAACGAAUGUUUGCGAGCUAAAAAUGAGCAGAUACAUACUUUAUUAGAAGAGCAAGAAGCAAAGUUGGAGGACCUAGAAAAAGUCAAAUCGACUCAUUUGAAAGAAAUUAAAAAAUUGAAAAACCAACUGUUAAACAUCACGAACAAGUUUCAGGAUGAUCGGCGACUGAUGAAAUCGGAACUUAAACUUAAAGAUCAAGAAAUAAUUUGUCUACAACAGACUUUGGCAGAUAAAAUUACGCAAUAUGCCGAACUGGAGAAAAAAAUGAGCACCGAACAAGACCGGAACGAGUCUCUGCAGUCGUCCAAUGAAGAAUUAAGAAUUAAGUAUGAUAAAGACGUCAGUGCAUUACAGGCAGAGAUGGAUGGACUACGAGGUGAAUUAAAACAAAAUUUCACUAAAUUGGAGACGGUUGAACGACAAUUACAAGAAGCACGGGAUGAAACGAUUAAGCGAACGACCGAGUUUCAGGAGAAGAAUCAAGAAAUAAGUGAUGCUCUAUGCAGAGAAAAAGAUAAAUUGGAGAAGAAAAACGGUAAACUCAAGGCUGAGAAUACGUCGUUGAUCUCGACCUUGGCGUGUGUUAAUACGAAACUAUGUAACUCACAAAUGGAGUACAAUUCGCUCAAACGUCAGCUGACAGAACAAAACGAAUCGAUCAAACUUUUAGAGACAACGAAGUACAGGCUACAACAGGAAAUUGAAAGAAACAAGAAGAACGAGGAGUUGAUAGCAAAAAUUGUCAUAACGGAGCGUGAACAGCAUGAUCGAGAGAAAAAGAUUUCUGAAAAAAAAUUAGAAUUGAAAUCUCAAGAAGAGCGUGAACUCAAAGAGUUGAGUAAAAAACUAUCGGAACGAAUUAUGUGUUUGAAAAAAAUGAAUUACGAUUGCAACGUAUUCGAAAAAUGA